GAUUGCUCCGUGAUGUGAGAGCUGAGAGCUAAAAGUUUUUAAAAUGGCGUCAAACUCACUUCCCGUGCACAUGGCCGUGUAGAGGCUAUGUGUCGUGUGUGAAAUCUCCGAUAGCAUUUUACUUGUUUAAUAGUGCACGAAUGUGAUUAAAAAAUGUCGAAGCUCUGCGUCCUGUUUGAACAUGCUGCGGGCUACGCCUUGUUCAGCGUUAAGGAAUUUGAAGAAGUCGGCAUUCUCUUGCCCCAAGUCGAAGAGUCGGUAACAGACUUGGGCCGUUUUCAUGGAGUUGUCAAGUUGGUCGGUUUCUUGCCUUUCAAGACUGCUCUCGCCGCUCUAGAGAAUGUAAACAGCAUAUCAGAAGGCGUAGUGCCGAACGACCUGAAACUGUUCCUAGACUCAAGUUUGCCUAGCAAGAGAAAAAAGCUCAUUCUUGGCGUCGCCGAUCCUAAACUUGGCGCGAGCAUCGCCGAAGCUUUGGAUGUGAAGUGCGAUCAUACCGGCGUUGUGCCCGAACUUAUCAGAGGCAUACGCUAUCAUUUUCACAAUCUCGUCAAGGGAUUUACAGCAAAAAGCUCUGGCGUUGCCCAACUUGGUUUAGGACACAGCUAUUCAAGGGCUAAAGUCAAGUUCAACGUACACAGGGUAGACAAUAUGAUUAUUCAGAGCAUAGCGCUCCUUGAUCAACUCGACAAGGACGUCAACACAUUCAGCAUGCGUAUACGCGAGUGGUACAGCUACCACUUUCCAGAGCUUGUGAAAAUUGUACCCGAAAAUUACCUCUUCGCCAAGGUAGCGCAACUUAUAAAAAAUCGCAAGGAGUUAACCGAGGAGAAACUUGAAGCACUCGAAGAAAUUGUAAUGGAUAGCGCAAAAGCUCAGGCUAUAAUUGACGCGUCGAAAUCUUCUAUGGGAAUGGACAUCAGCCCUGUUGAUCUUCUGAAUAUAGAAAUGUUUGCUGGACGAGUAAUCGCUUUGGCCGAUUAUAGAAAACAGCUGGCCGAAUACUUGAGGUGUAAAAUGGCUGGUGUCGCUCCGAAUCUAGCAACUCUAAUCGGCGAUCAAGUCGGGGCUCGAUUGAUCGCGCACGCAGGGUCUCUGACGAAUUUGGCAAAGUAUCCUGCGUCAACGGUGCAGAUUUUGGGUGCCGAGAAGGCUCUUUUCAGAGCAUUGAAAACUAAAGGAAAUACCCCUAAGUACGGGUUGCUGUUUCAUUCCACGUUCAUUGGAAGGGCAGGUGCCAAAAAUAAGGGAAGAAUUUCGAGAUACCUGGCAAACAAGUGUUCCAUCGCGUCUAGAAUCGACUGUUUCACAGAUACCCCGUCCAGUAUAUUUGGCGAGAAAUUGCGCCAGCAAGUCGAGGACAGGCUGAAAUUCUAUGAGACAGGGGACGUGCCCAAGAAGAACAUAGACGUCAUGAAAGAGGCGCUGGAAGAGGCUGCACAAGUUGUCGUCGCUGCUGAGGAAGAGUCUCCAAAAAAGAAAAAGAAAAAGGACAAGAAAAGAAAGAGCGAAAAUAUCGAAAAUGGCAAUUCAAACGGAGCUGCGGUUGACAAUGGUACAGUCGAAGCUGAGGUCGACGAUGACGUACCCAAAAAGAAGAAGAAAAGGAAGUCCAAGAGUCAAAAUGACGAGUGAGUGAACUACGGCUAAGGUUAUUCGAUCUCGUCAUCCAAGUUGUUGUAUUUCAUUUACAAAUGAAAUAUAAUAGAUGAUGCGACGAUAUUCAAAACUUGAAAGAGUGCAUUUUCAUUACUACAGACAUUGAGACAAUGAGGCUUUCUCAGUAAAGUUUACAAUAUUUACAAAAGAUAUGUUAGUUACCUAUUUUGUUUACUUUUACAUUUGUAUGCAUUUCAAUGCAUGUAACACUUGUAUGUAUUGAAAUGUAUCUGAUUUAGAAGAGUGAGGUGUGAAAGAUUUUUUACGACCUGACAGACAACUGAAUGAAUGCAGAAGCCUGUUUCGCCGCUAAGAUCUAGUUUGGAAUUGUAAUUUCAAGUCGAAGAAAAUAUUUUGGUCGAUGGAAAAAAAAAGUUUCUUCUAAUUUAGUCUUAGUUUCGGUUAUCUAUAAAGAAAUCGGUUUGGGUAUUCUGUUGAGAAAUAAAUAUUUCAGUAUUUGCAUAGAACUUGUGUACACAUGGUUGAAUAGUCAAUCUAAAAUGCAAUAUCUUACAUAACGACAAAGGAAUACACCGCGAUUAGCACUUUUUGUUCAAAGUAUUUGUAUCUUGUCUCUCAGUCUGCAGUUUAUUAACUUAAUAAGUUUAAUUCAUAAUGUUCGAAUUUUGUAAAUAAAGACACUGGACCACCACAAUUAUAUUUUAUUGUUAUUAUUCAAAUCCUUUCUUAGUUUGUUAUAUAAAAUUGACAGGAUUGACUAUGCAACCAUGAUUAUUGUCAUCGAAUGUUUAAGUUUUUUAUCCUGCAAAAACUUGACAUUCUGCUUCUGUACGCAUUCACUUGGAUCAUUUAUCUUUGUCAAACGUCCAAACAGAAAGAAAUACUUUAUGCUUUGGAUGUUUGAAUACAUUUCCGUAAAAAGCUGAUACCGUAAUUUGUACAUUGAAUACGGGAUAUUAAAAAAUACUUGAAAACUAUCGAAUAUUGUGGAUGAUUAUCUUCAUUAUUGUUAAUUAUAACUCACCCGACUGAUUCUCUGAUAACGAUAAUCAAUAACGGAUAAAAGACGGGUAAUUAAGAAUGGCAAAAAGUUGAGAAACAUCCAAUAUAUUAAUACCAGCACCAAUGAGCAUUUAAUAUGGUAAAAUUAACUUGUAACAGGUAUAAAUAUCUAAAUUAAAAGUUACAAUUCAGGUAAAUAUAUUUUAUAUAUAAUACAAUUGGGAACCCAGCUUAUUAGAAGCUUAACAUUAUCGUGUGUACAAUUUUUUAAUUCUAAACCGUAGUACACGUACAUGUAUUUUUAUUAUCAUCUAUAGUAGGCCUGCUUCUGAUCUGUGAGUAAAUAAUAAUAAUAAUAAUAAUAA